AUGUCAGCCAGGACAGAUCAUUUAUUUGUUCGUUUUGGACGCUUAGUAGGAAAAGCAAAGGUACAAGAGAGACGACAAGCGGGCAACGCUUAUACUAAGUACAUUUCACCAUCAUCAUGCGAGAAUUGCCACAAAACUAGUUUUCUGGUGCUUAAAAUAAGUCAGCCGUCAUACCUUGAUAUGUGUGCACGUCAUAACAGCGCAGAGAACAGUCGAAAAUAG